AUGGAUACAGAUACCGCUACUCGGCUUGUUGCAAAAGCCUGUAGCUAUGGUCUCCAUUCAUGCUCUUACUGCCAAGCGGUCCUUAUUGACCUUACCCCUCUGGCUCUUCAAGAUCGGACAGACAAUGAUCCUGAAAGCCGCGAUGGCAAUGAUCCGAAAUGGAUUAUCCCGAAUCCACCCUUCCCUCAUAGGCUGAAGCUUUGUAAAUUCGAGUUCCCCCAAGAAAUCGUUGAUGAGACCCAGCUCAAAUGUCCCUUGUUCGAAGUCAGGAAACAGUUCCCUCGUCGAGACCCCGAAGACACGAGACCUUUGCCGACGCCCUAUGUCAAAAUCGAUCGUCGACCUUUCGUCUGUGUAGUAUCAACUACACGUCUGAAGUUUGAUAUCAGGCUUCCGAAAGAUCCUAGAACUUCGGGAACGUUGAUUAAUCCUUGCAUCAAGUCUGACAGGACAUUUUCUCGCGCUCGAAAGUUACUGGCCGAGUGUUUGAGGGAACAUGAUGGAUGCAAGAAAACCGGGCUAGCCCCUUCACGAUUGCUAGACGUCACCUUGGGUAGUACAAGACUAGUUGACACAGGUUCUAUCGAAAAUCCAGUCUGGGCCGCCUUGUCGUACUGUUGGGGCGGACCUCAAACAGCCCAAACAACAUAUCUCACCGUGCAAGACCGUUAUCGGGAGAUCUUGUUGGAAGAUCUCCCUCUAACUAUCCGCGACGCCGUUUAUGUCUGUCGCAAGAUGGGUAUCCGAUAUCUCUGGAUUGAUUCGAUAUGCAUCAUCCAGGAAAAGAAAAGUCAUGACAAUGAAAAUGGAGAGUCCGACAAAGAUGAGGAGUUGCGAAAGAUAGCUGGCAUUUUUAGUGUGGCAGUCCUGACAAUCGCUGCUUCCUGCGCGUCAUCAGCUGACCAAGGGUUUCUCCAUGAUCGUCAAGCCUACAUGCCGGGUACUGCCCUUCCUGCUAGAGCAUGGACGCUACAGGAGCAGUUACUUUCAUCACGGAUGCUCAGUUUCACAACGUACGCUAUGGAGUGGCAUUGUAAGUCCAAGCACUGCGGUAUCUCUGUAGAUGAAAAUCACCGUCUUGGUAUUGCGGCUUCGUACUUGCAUGAUUAUUCCAAAGGUCACUGGAAAUGGCUUGUCAUGGAGUAUACCUCCCGUGAUCUAAGUAAUGUGGAGGAUAGGCCUAUUGCCAUUGCUGCUCUGGCCCAAGACUUUGUCACCAGAAAGCCUGAUCUCACGGCAUCGGACUAUGUAGCAGGCCUGUGGAAGCCAGACCUUCUGCAAGAAUUGACGUGGCUCACGAAGACGGAAGAUUCUAAGCGCGAUACUCUACCAAGAAUUCAAGGUCCUUCUUGGUCCUGGAUUUUGAUCCCAGAGAUCAUCAGAUAUACGUCGCUGACCUUCUCCACAAAGCCCACAGCUUCAGUACUCAGCAUAGAAAUUGAUCUCGCUAACCCUGAUUUUAUUUACGGUGCUGUGAAAGACGGCAGACUUAGACUCAAGGGGCUCGUCUCACGUCAGACCCAUCGUAUGUUGCCAACUCGGCCAACAGCGAAGCGUACUGAAAGGACGUGCCUGGUACUAUCUUCUGAUCGUCGCAAGACACCACCCACAGACGUCUUUCUAUUUGAAUUGGCGAUUCAACUAAGCUUUAAUAAAGGGUACAGAAAGAUUGGCCUGGCGCUUCGGUCUGCCGAGGAGCCGCGGGAGUUUGUCAGAGUUGGAUCAUACUUUGAAGUUGUUGUUAAAUCGUGUAGCGGCUUAUGUGCGAGUUGUCGAGAGGGUGGUACCCAAGAAGAAAAGAUAAUAGAGAUCAUAUAG